ACGGCAGCGGUUUUGCAGUAAAGCCCUAACCCUAGAAGCCGCUCUCUAGGGCUUACUGCUUUCGAAAGCGCCGCGCAGGGAGGAGGAGCCAUGGGGAAGACGCGCGGACAGGGAGCCGGUCGUAAGCUCAAGAACCACCGCCGGGCGCAAUUGUGGGCGGACAAAUCCUACAAGAAGCGCAACCUCGGCAACGAGUGGAAGAAGCCCUUCCAGGGCUCGUCCCACGCCAAGGGGAUUGUCCUCGAGAAGAUUGGUAUCGAGGCCAAGCAGCCCAACUCCGCCAUUCGAAAAUGCGCGAGAGUUCAGCUCAUCAAAAACGGCAAGAAGAUCGCGGCGUUUGUCCCCAACGAUGGCUGCUUGAAUUACAUCGAAGAGAAUGACGAAGUGCUCAUCGCUGGAUUCGGGCGAAAGGGUCACGCAGUGGGAGAUAUCCCCGGAGUGAGAUUCAAGGUCGUCAAGGUCUCUGGAGUCUCGCUUCUAGCGCUCUUCAAGGAGAAGAAGGAGAAGCCACGGUCUUAGAAGCCUCGAGCUCGAAAAGAUUCGUUUUGAUCCCCUCCAAUGUUGUUCUUUUGUUAACGAGAUUCCACAAACAAGGGCGUUUACUUUUUCUAGUAAUAGCAAGACUGGGUUUACGUC